CGCCAGUUGGCUGGCGCACUUGUGUCAUUCCGGUCGUCGAAAUUUGCAAUUCAUACAUCUUAUUUACACCGAGUCGUGUUCGCGCCGUUCAUUUAUAACUGAAAAUUUAUUGAAAUUAAUUAUAGUUGUAAAAUUCUAUGUAUUUGUUAUUAAAGUUUUUAAUAUAUGUGUAAAAUGUACAGUGUUAGUUAGUGUUCACAUUUCUGAAAAAAAAAACUUUGCCACUUAAUGGACGCAUAAAUCACUUGAGGAAAAUAUUGGAAAACAAACAGCAUGCAGGUCCCAAAUGGAGUUGAAAAUCAGAAAUAUUUGAAUGGUCCUGACCAAGUAAUACCAGUGGAUCACUACAUAUGUUGUACUCCGGGCGGACAUGUGAAACUGCGUAUGGGCUCCCGGGGAGUCGCUGCAGAGCCUCCGAUAUCCGUACCAGGUCUACUGAGCAGGACAGUGGCUAGAUAUCCGGAUGCAACGGCCUUUGCCACAAAAAAAUCUGAUGGAAAAUGGCAUAGAACCACUUACAGGCAGUACCAGGAACGCGUAAGGACAAUAGCAAAGGCCUUUUUGAAAAUAGGUCUCGAACGUUUUCACUCCGUAUGUAUAUUGGGAUUCAAUUCAGAAGAAUGGUACAUCGCCGACCUCGCAGCUAUUCACGCCGGAGGUUAUGCGGCUGGAAUUUACACCACGAAUUCUGCUGAAGCAUGUUUCCAUUGUCUGGAAUCCUCACGAGCGAACAUCUGCGCUGUGCAGGACAAGAAGCAAUUAGACAAAAUAUUGUCCAUACAAGGACGCUUGAAGCAUCUAAAAGCUAUCGUACAAUGGGAAGGUCCGGUAGACACGUCUGUGCCUGGUGUCUACAGUUGGGACCAGUUGAUGGAGAUGGGAGCGAAGGAACCUGACACACAGUUGAACAACAUCCUUAAGUCUAUUGCCGUCAACGAGUGCUGCACUCUUGUAUACACUUCCGGAACCGUGGGUCCACCGAAAGCGGUGAUGCUCUCACACGACAAUCUCACGUGGGAUGCAUUCGCGAUCAGUGAAAGAUGCGGUGAUUUGAAACCUACAUUAGACAAAAUCGUUUCAUACUUACCGCUGAGUCACGUUGCCGCACAGGUAGUCGACAUUUAUGCAACAUUAACAAAUGCUAUUGAAGUAUACUUCGCAAGACCUGAUGCCCUCAAGGGGACGUUGGUUGAAACCUUGAGAGAAGUCCGUCCAACGAGGUUCCUAGCUGUGCCGCGAGUAUGGGAAAAGAUGCACGAAAAAAUAAUGGCCGUAGGCGCUGCGAACAGCUCCUUCAAGAAGAGCAUAGCAAUGUGGGCCAAAGAAAAAGGAACGAAACACCACCUAGCAAGAAUUAACGGUGCCCUUUCGUCCAGUCCGAGGGUUCUGCCAAUAGACUUCAGUCUUUUGGAGUUACUUAAGUAUUGGCAAACGGGUACAACUUGUGGUUAUAAACUGGCGAAGUCGCUAAUCUUCAGCAAGGUGCGUGACUCUCUCGGACUUGACCGUUGCCUAACAUUCGUAACUGCGGCGGCGCCACUGUCGCCUGAGAUCAAAAAGUUUUUCCUUUCCUUGGACAUACCCAUCAUGGAUGCCUUCGGGAUGAGUGAAGCAGCUGGUGCUCACACACUUAGUAUAUAUCCAAAAUUCUCGCUGGAUUCAUCUGGAGAAAUACUGGACGGAACCGAAACACGAUUUGGUGAUUCCAUGAGUGUCAACGGCCCUGGUGAAAUUCAAAUGCGCGGUCGCCAUGUUCUCAUGGGCUAUCUCAAUGACGAAGAAAAGACGAAAGCCACUUUAGACGAAGACGGAUGGUUACACUCUGGCGAUGUCGGAAGAUUGGAUAGUCACAACUUGUUGUACAUCACAGGAAGAAUAAAGGAAUUAUUGAUAACUGCUGGAGGAGAAAACAUAGCUCCUGUUCUCAUAGAGCAGGCGGUUCAAUCCGAACUGCUACACGUAGGAUAUGCUGUGCUUGUGGGAGACAGGAAGAAGUUCCUAGCCAUAUUACUUACUUUAAAGGCCAAAGUGGAUUCAAACACCGGCGACGCGUUGGACGAGUUAGACACUGAAACAAAGAAGUGGGUGGCUGGUCUUGGUAGCUCUGCCACCACCAUCAGUGAAAUCGUCAGGACCAAGGAUCCAGUUGUGUAUAAAGCUAUAGAAGAUGGCAUCACUCGUGCUAACAAACACGCAAUAUCGAACGCUCAGAAAGUACAAAAGUUCGCUAUACUACCCGCAGACUUCUCAAUGAACACCGGAGAACUAGGACCAACAUUGAAAAUCAAGAGAAACGUAGUAUACGAGAAAUACAAAGACAUCAUAGAAGACUUCUACAAAGAUUAGAUUAUGUUAAGUUAUAAUAAGUAUAGCUCGGCAAUGGGAAAAAUGAAGAAAAAUUAUUACGAGUGUUGCUCAAAUAGAGACCAUUAUUGUGAUUGGUUCAUAAUGAAUGUAAAUAUUUUUUAUAUAAAUAUAUUUAAUUUUUUUUUUUAAUAAAACACUAUUUAUA